UCUCCCGGAAACCCUGAGCCUCCUCUAGAAUUACUUCAUGACUUUGUCGCCGUCUACCGCGAGAAGCUCUACUUCCAGCCACUUCCACUCUUUGACCCACGCCGUCUCCAGUCGAAGAUCGCCUCAUUUCCUCAUUAUUUGCGGUGGAGUUUCCUUGCUCUUGCUCUAAACUAUACCAGCCACAACUUCUACUAUGGACUAGAAUCCAAAGCGAUCGAGUAUUAUGCUACCUCGGCCAGGAGCAUUGUGGUGGACAUGGCUGCUGAUGGAGUCCCGAAACUGGAGGUAUUACAGGCCCUUUGCUUGCUUUCAUUAUGUGAACAAAUAGCUGGGAAGUCAGCCCGUUCGUGGAUGACUAUUGGCAUCGCAUCAAGGCUUGAGGCAUUCCGACUAUCGAACCUGAGAGCAAACUCCGACUCACGACAUACCGACGAUGCUACGUCAAGAUGCCAUUGGAGCAUCGUAAUCCUAGAGAGCGCCUUUUCUCCCCAUAUGAACACGCUUGCUGAAGCAUCUCGCGCCCCGAGUUACCCCAAGAGCGUGCCCGUACCUCCGCCACUACACCCAUCAAACAGCAUGAAGAGCUACUGCCCCGACUUGACGGAUGCCUACGAGGGAAACAUUCACGACGCCGGUAUCACUGCAUGUUGUUUGGGUUAUGUCUGCCUCUGGGGAAGCAUCAUCUCAUACCUAAGAGAUAUCCGAGACGGCGCUAUGGAGUAUCCCUGGUUAACCACCUCCCGACACAAUCAGCUCACAGUCAAGCUCUACGAGCUCGAAAAUCACACUUCGCACAGGCACCUUAUCAGAAAUGCCCCGUUUCCAGAUCAACCGCCGUCUAAUCUCAACGAACAUCGAGAGUACUGGGCACCAUGGGUCUUGAUGCAAAUCACGAUGCACGCUUCCCAAGCCGCCCUAAAUCACCCCUUUGUUCAGCUCGUAGCGCUUCGAAGAGCAGGACGCAAGUUUCAACCUCGCUCGUUCCUACAAAAGACGGUUGACCAGGCACUGUUUCACUCGGAAUGGGUCUCCCGCUUAGUGCAGAUGUGCGAAGAUCGCUCCUUUGAGGUUAAUGAUCCUUUGAUCGGACAAGCAGUCGCUGCAUGCGUUUCCAUACUCUGGAUAUUCCAGUUUGCAAGAGACCGAAAGGUGUCGGACAAGGCUAAAGAAAACAUCGGCACGUGUGAGGCGUUUCUCUCACGACUGUCACACAACUGGCCUCACAUCGCUAAAAAGGUCGAGAUUCUGCAACGGCUCAACGCCAAGGCCUCACAAGCACCACAGACAGUAGAAAACGACGAGUCAACGAGUUCCACGAUCUGCUUUGAGCCCGAGAUGAUCUGGGAGCUGCUCGACCCCACAAUGUCGGGAUCCAGUUUCACCACUUGCAACAGCAGCUCGGAACGGCAAGGAUCAAGCCACGGCUCCAGUGCCACUAUCCAAGUGGCGACAAAGUUCAUCCAUCCUAUCGAUGACAAGGAAGAGAACCCGCCGCCUGCUCCCAAUACGGUGCAUAAUUUCUUUGAUUUGGGGGAUGUUUAUGGGGAGCCCUUUCUGGAUCAGUUCUUUUCUGACUCCUUGCUCGUGAAUAUCCAGUAA